AUGGGGAGAGAGAAGAAACCACACCCUGGCCCGGGUACCGGGGCCAAGGAUCGCCACCGCAAGGCUGGCAAGGUCAAUAAAGCCAUUGACCGCAGCGCACCGCUGCCGCCAGGACUCGUCGCCGCGAAGCCAGUUACUGUGGUCAACAACAGCAAACACCAGUCAUAUUUCGAGUUCGUCGAGAACAAAGACAAGAAGAAGCCUCUGCUCUUUCAGAUUACAACAAACAAAACCCCGCCUCCCGGGAUGAGGCAUAUCCCCCUUGGCAAUCCUGAACUGACCGAACGAUGCAAGGACAUCUCGAGAGAGACGGGGGCCUCGGUCUACAUUGUGACCAUGGCCAAGAAUAACGCCACGGACUUGAGUCAACAGAUUCAUCGUGUCGGACACCACAUUCGCGAGUAUAUCGUGGAUAGGGCUCUGGAGGAACUAGGAAUGGACAGUGUCAACGAGCCGGAACUCAUAGGUCAAGGCGACGCUCAGGUCGAGAAGAUUCCCGAAAAACAGAACGACAUCGACAAGCAGGCGGACGCCGCCCUGCGAGAAUUAUUCCCUCGGAUUCCGAAUACCGACCGGCAGCAGAUUAUCGACCAUGCCUUCCAAAAGGGAACAAAAUUCAAAGGCGACCUAGUCGUAGGGCUCCAGCAGGACCUGUCUCUGUCGCGGCGAGUACAGCUUGCCGUCCUGGCACACAUUCGACAUAACCAUACCAGAUAUGACCAGCUCCUUAGGGAGACCACUUGGCAUAAUGCCAGGCGAGUUACCGAGCAGCUUUGUCUGGAUUUCCUCGUCAAGUGGCGAGGCGAUGACGAAAAUGGCCGCAACCAGCUUGAUGAAAUCCUUCGCGAGGUUGUGGUUCUUUCAGACGAUUCUGACGAUGAAGACUCGGGUGAGGAGCCCGACUCCGACUCGUCGGAGGUACUCAUCACCAGGUCCCACAACGUUGGCAGAGUAUCGGAACCGGCCGUAGCCCAGAACGUCGCUAACCGCGACAAACGCUUGGCGACAGCGAUACCAUCACAUCCAGGAUCCCCAAUGCUCCUUGCCACGCCCGGGAUGUCCAAGAGGGCUUACAAAAAAGCACGCAGACGCGCCAAACACCGUGAGCGUAACUUCAGUCGUUAUGAGGCUGCUGCAAACGCUGCCUGGGAUAACGCCAGACAGCGGCAGCGCGGGCCCGAUGAUCGCACGAACCAGGCAGGCAGCUCCGUUAGUCACGGAGCGCAUCAACAGGGCCCGCCUGUUGUAUUCAUCGAGAACAGAGUUCCCAUGGAGCACAUCAAUCGUGCGGGCUCGCAGAUGAGGUUACCCCCUGCGCCGGCCCGCAACAACGCACAUGAGCCCAGGCAGCACAUGGAAAGUGCCUAUGGGAGACCCAAGGUAAAUGGAGCUGGCGGCAUUCCCAGUCUCGGUCCCUCAAACCACGCGGGUGCCCGGGCUCGAGAGAGCAACCAGCUGCAAGAUUUCCUACACCCAUCCAUUGAGCCGAGAUCCCCUGACGGUGUGAGAUCUCCAUCACGCUAUCCCCGUGGCAUGAUGGAAUUCACGGACCGCAGAGGUGAUGAGCUGUACCCGCGUCUGAACUCCCCACCCCGUGGCCCAAUGGUACGCGAGGAGCGUUACGUCCAUCAACCUCCCUCCUACCAAAGUCACCCAAUCCAUGCGAGACCUUUGCGUGAUGGCCAGGACGUUUUUCAACCGCUUGAACUAUCACAUCGCAAUGUGCUACAGGAUUCAGCUCGGCCACUCGUGUAUCAGCAGCCCAUGCGAGAUCAUGGCCCUGCCCGAACUCAGGUUUACGCUGAUAGAAUCAUCCAUCGAGAGGACAAUCUGAGACGACGUCAAGGCAGUGUUCCAGGAGAGAGAGCCAAUCCCAUUAUGAUUGAGGAUCACAAUUUUCACCCAGGUACAGUCGUUCUUGGCACAGGCGAGAGUGUUAGGGACAGAUUUGGCCCCGAUGUUGAGAUCCUUGCUGUCCAUCGCCCCGGACGUGAUCGUGGCCCGGAUACUCAGCUUUUCAAUCCAAUGGACGAAGGAUUCAUUCGCUUGAGGGAGAACAACAUGAAUCAGCGGAAUGGACUGGAAGAGGAGGGCUUUCUCAGGCUUAGAGAGCGCCCUGUCGCCGAACCCAGGCAUUCUACAUAUGGUGUUGAUGGACGUUCUCGUCCCGAUGACUAUCGGACUGCACAACAGCCGCAGUCAUAUCGACCAGCCGAACCUUCAGGGCAGGCCAUCUAUGUUAGGCGCGUGGAGAGGCCGCACCAGGCUGAUCUAGCCUAUCCGGUGCACACUUAUGAACGUAUGGAGGCAGUUCGAAAUGACGGCCUUGCUCAGCGCGGAGUCCCGUCGCCUGUAUAUGGCGGAGCGCCAUAUGAGCAUUCGCAAUAUCACUCGAUGCAGGGAGCAUACGGUGUCCCCGUUCAUCGACACGCCGUGCCAGCUCCCGGACCUGAGGAUCCGUUUAGGUCCGACCGAUACAGGCCAUCGCAACCGCGCCAGUGGCCACGCUCAAAUGACAACGUAAUCGUGCUCGAGUAA